AUGGAGUACAAAUCAGUUGGGUGUUGUUAUUUGUCGCUCCCAUUUUACCGGAUCGAGGGUUCUGGUGCUCGACAUGCAAUAUCACGGCGUCUGAAUGCGUCUGUUAGGAGACAAACAUCUCGAUCUUCACCGCUUCAGCCCAAGCAGCAGCAAUACGGGUGUACUAGUGGUUGGUCGAGAGACCAACAGUCUGGUAGUAGUCGGCCCUUGUACUCUGCAAGUGGAGCACCCAUAUCUGACGAGGAAGAAGAAUGUUCGACUAGUCAUGCUGGUGACCGGGAUGAAGAACAGGACCCUCAGGAUUUCCAUAUGGUAUAUAAGGGUCAGUCUGGGAGAUUUGUUGGUAGUGGAUCGAGUCAGCCUACUUCCAGCUCUGCAGAGGCAUGGUUAGUGCAGGAACCGAUGCCGGGUGGGCCUGAGGAUGGGUCAGUAAUCCCUAGUUUUGGCGGUCACGUGGCACGGUAUAUCUGGAUGGAGCAGGAGCGUAGUGUUUUGCGUUGUUUGAGUAGGACAAAGUUAUGUUCUGACUUGUUCACUUGGCGAGGUCGUCAAUCUGUGGAGGACCUUGCGGCGAUUGAUGCUAGUUGGUUGUCUCACUUGCCCGGCCUGAUGUUUAAGAGACUUGAUUGGCCGUUGAUUUCUGCUUUUGUUGAGAGGUGGCAGCCAGAUACGAACACCUUUCACAUGCCAUUUGGGGAGAUUACGAUCUUGCUGCACGAUGUGUACAACAUACUUGGGUUACGGGUUGCAGGCAAUAUGGUGACCACUACUCCUAGCACAGACGUGUUACGGGACGCGUGCUCGGUCACCAUGGAUAUGACUCCAGAUGAUCUGUCUGAGGUUUGCGGCACAAAGACCAUUUGGCAGGGUAGUGGGGUGUUGACUGAUAAGAUUUUUGAGUCGACAUUGGCGGUUGACCGGGAUUUUAGUGAGCAGCUUGAUGCAUACUUGUGGUUAGUGCUUGGAGGUACACUGUUUGUAGACAAGAGUGGUAACCGUACGCAUCUUUCCUUCCUCCACGAGCUAUGUCACACGGAUGUCCCUAUUAACGAGUAUGCUUGGGGAACAGCUGCACUGGCCUACUUGUAUCGGCAACUGGGCACGGCAUCACGGAAAGGUGCUGAUUCGAUUGCUGGUUGUCUCACGCUUCUGCAAGCGUGGAUUUACGAGUACUUUCCGUGCUUUCGGCCACAGCAGGGUACCUUGACCCGGGACCUUCAAAUGCCUCGUGCGUCUGCUUAG